GACUCAGUUGCUACUCUGAGAUAACUGGUUCAGAUCUUCUUAAAAAUGUACAAGUUGGUUGUGUUCGCCUUGCUAGUAGCAGUCUGCUCUGCUCAGCUGAUCGUUCCCGCUCUUCACUACGGUUAUACUUACCCUGUAUCACGUUACAGUCGUGUGGAUUGGAAACAGCCAACCAAAUACAUCGUUCCUGCCGUUAGUACCCUCACUUACACCCCAUACAACUACUUUGGAUUUCCUUAUCACUAUGGCUAUGGUUUACACCCAUACGUUGAACUGAAGAAGGAGGAGAAAGAGGAGAAGAAAGAAUGAACCGUCUACCCCAGAACUUAUCACAGUGACUGUCUUACUGCUGCUCCUCUGAAAUAACAUGUAAUCAUAUGAAAGAAACUGUUGUGUCUUAAAUUUAAUUUAGUUUUAACAUUAAAUUUUCUUUCAUAAAAUUGCAAAUAUCUUUAACAAGUGUUAUCAAUAAA